CACCCACUUGUCGUCAGUCACCCCAGACGGACAGCAAAUGCUUUUUUCUCAAACAUAUUUCGCCAACAUGUGCAAGCUCACUCUUGUUGCAGGUCUCUGUUUGAUCAUCGCCAGCUUUGCCUCCUCCACCCGGCUGGUGUGUUACUAUAACAGUGUGGCUGCAAACAGAGGCGGGAACGGGAUGUUCACGGUUUCCGAUAUUGAUCCGAACCUGUGUACGCAUCUGAUAUAUGCCUUCGCCGGCAUUAACGAUCAAAAUGAGCUGGUGCCCAGCCAACUAAAUGACUUAGGGACCUAUGGGGCAUUCAAUCAACUCAAAGCACGCAAUCCACAGCUCAAAACCCUGUUGGCGGUUGGAGGCCUUUUCCUCAGCGGACAGAAAUUCAGUUCAAUGGGGGCAAGCCCACAAAAAAGAUCAACGUUCAUCCAGUCUGCGAUCACACUGCUAAGAAACAACGGGUUUGAUGGGCUGAACCUGGACUGGAGGUACCCUGGAGGACCUGGAAGCCAGCCGGGGGACAAGCAGAGCUUCACAAUGCUGUGCAAGGAGUUCAAAGAGGCCUUUGUGGCUGAAGCAGCAUCAGCUGGUCGUGACAGGUUACUCCUCACCGCCAGUGUCUCUGCAGAGAAAGCAAUCAUCGAUGUCAGUUACGACGUUCCACAGAUUUCCACGUAUCUUGAUUUCAUCAAUGUGUUGACAUUUGACUUUCACGGCCCCUGGGAAAACGUCACGGGACAUCACAGCCCCUUAUUCAGAGGAUCCCAAGAUACUGGAAACAACAUCGAGUUGAACACUGACUCUGCCAUGAGGAACUGGCGAGACCUCGGAGCACCUGCAGACAAGCUCAACUUGGGGUUGGCGGCAUAUGGCCGUGCUUUCGACCUCUCCACUAACGCCAGUGGUGUCGGUGCACCAGCAAGUGGUCCUGGUGAAGAAGGCUGCUUCACCGGGGAAGCAGGAUUCUGGGCCACUUAUGAGAUUUGCCUUUAUACUGAAGGGGUUACUCCCCAGCUGAUCAGUGACCAGCAAGUCCCAUAUGCUGUCACAGAAGGUCAGUGGGUUGGAUAUGACGACAAAGAAAGCCUUACUAAAAAGGUCACUUACCUAAAAACGAAUAACUUUGGAGGAGCCUUUGUCUGGUCUGUGGACCUGGAUGACAAAACUGGAGCAAUCUGUAAAAUGGGGGGAAACCCUUUCAUCACUGAACUGCAUGACCUCCUGGUUCCAGGUUUUCCUGGCCUCAGCAGUACAACUCCCCCUGCGACAACUACCACAACUACAAUCAAGCCCACUACCACCACCACGACAUCAACUCCCACUACCACCACAACAACUACAAUCAAGCCCACUACCACCACCACGACAUCAACUCCCACUACCACCACUACAACUACAAUCAAGCCCACUACCACUACAACUACCACCACCCCAGUCCCACCUACUCCAUCAAUUUCCCAACGAUGUCGGAGAAGUCCAGGACUCUACUUUGCUUAUCCAAAUGACCCAACACGAUUCAUCCAAUGUGGCAUUCAAGGAGCAUUUUUCAUCCACUCAUGCCCAACAGGUUUAACCUUUAAUGAAGCCGUCAACGUGUGUACCAUUCCAACAAAUAUAAUCGGGUCCACUUCCCCAACUCCUGUGACUACCACCACCACUACUACAAUCAAGCCCACUACCACAACAACUACAAUCAAACCCACUACCACAACAACUACAAUCAAGCCCACUACCACAACAACUACAAUCAAGCCCACUACCACAACAACUACAAUCAAGCCCACUACCACUACAACUACAAUCAAACCCACUACCACAACAACUACAAUCAAGCCCACUACCACUACAACUACAAUCAAGCCCACUACCACUACAACUACAAUCAAGCCCACUACCACUACAACUACAAUCAAGCCCACUACCACUACAACUACAAUCAAACCCACUACCACAACAACUACAAUCAAGCCCACUACCACUACAACUACAAUCAAGCCCACUACCACUACAACUACAAUCAAGCCCACUACCACAACAACUACAAUCAAGCCCACUACCACAACAACUACACCCACUACCACCACAACUACAAUCAAACCCACAACCACCACAACUACAACUACACCCACUACCACCACAACUACAAUCAAGCCCACUACCACAACUACCACCACCCCAACGGGCUGGGGUAGGCUGGUGUCCUCCCGCGUGUACAACCAGCGUACGGCAUUGUACUCGUCUCUAGCUGAGGCCAAGCGACAUGGCUACGUGAGCAUGCCGGCCACGGAGGGGGCCCUGGCAGACCAUUGGGUCAACCACUACACGCUGUCAGAUCACUCCCAUAAAAAAGCACAGCAAGACGUCAGUCAGUUUCAUUCCACAAUUGAGAGACAGUAUAUGUUUUCUUCACAGCUAUAUAUCGCCAACAUGUGCAAGCUCACUCUUGUUGCAGGUCUCUGUUUGAUCAUCGCCAGCUUUGCCUCCUCCACCCGGCUGGUGUGUUACUAUAACAGUGUGGCUGCAAACAGAGGCGGGAACGGGAUGUUCACGGUUUCCGAUAUUGAUCCGAACCUGUGUACGCAUCUGAUAUAUGCCUUCGCCGGCAUUAACGAUCAAAAUGAGCUGGUGCCCAGCCAACUAAAUGACUUAGGGACCUAUGGGGCAUUCAAUCAACUCAAAGCACGCAAUCCACAGCUCAAAACCCUGUUGGCGGUUGGAGGCCUUUUCCUCAGCGGACAGAAAUUCAGUUCAAUGGGGGCAAGCCCACAAAAAAGAUCAACGUUCAUCCAGUCUGCGAUCACACUGCUAAGAAACAACAGGUUUGAUGGGCUGAACCUGGACUGGAGGUACCCUGGAGGACCUGGAAGCCAGCCGGGGGACAAGCAGAGCUUCACAAUGCUGUGCAAGGAGUUCCAAGAGGCCUUUGUGGCUGAAGCAGCAUCAGCUGGUCGUGACAGGUUACUCCUCACCGCCAGUGUCUCUGCAGAGAAAGCAAUCAUCGAUGUCAGUUACGACGUUCCACAGAUUUCCACGUAUCUGGAUUUCAUCAAUGUGUUGACAUUUGACUUUCACGGCCCCUGGGAAAACGUCACGGGACAUCACAGCCCCUUAUUCAGAGGAUCCCAAGAUACUGGAAACAACAUCGAGUUGAACACUGACUCUGCCAUGAGGAACUGGCGAGACCUCGGAGCACCUGCAGACAAGCUCAACUUGGGGUUGGCGGCAUAUGGCCGUGCUUUCGACCUCUCCACUAACGCCAGUGGUGUCGGUGCACCAGCAAGUGGUCCUGGUGAAGAAGGCUGCUUCACCGGGGAAGCAGGAUUCUGGGCCACUUAUGAGAUUUGCCUUUAUACUGAAGGGGUUACUCCCCAGCUGAUCAGUGACCAGCAAGUCCCAUAUGCUGUCACAGAAGGUCAGUGGGUUGGAUAUGACGACAAAGAAAGCCUUACUAAAAAGGUCACUUACCUAAAAACGAAUAACUUUGGAGGAGCCUUUGUCUGGUCUGUGGACCUGGAUGACAAAACUGGAGCAAUCUGUAAAAUGGGGGGAAACCCUUUCAUCACUGAACUGCAUGACCUCCUGGUUCCAGGUUUUCCUGGCCUCAGCAGUACAACUCCCCCUGCGACAACAACCACAACAACUACACCCACUACCACAACUACCACCACCCCAGUCCCACCUACUCCAUCAUUUGCAGAACGAUGUCUGGGAAAUCCAGGACUCCACUUUGCUCAUCCGAAUGAACCAACAAGAUUCAUCCAAUGUGGCAUUCAAGGAGCAUUUUUCAUCCUCUCAUGCCCAACAGGUUUGACCUUUAAUGAAGCCGUCAUCGCCUGUACCAUUCCAACAAAUAUAAUCGGGUCCACUUCCCCAACUCCUGUGACUACCACCACCACUACUACAAUCAAGCCCACUACCACCACCACGACAUCAACUCCCACUACCACCACAACAACUACAAUCAAGCCCACUACCACUACAACUACCACCACCCCAGUCCCACCUACUCCAUCAUUUGCAGAACGAUGUCUGGGAAAUCCAGGACUCUACUUUGCUAAUCCGAAUGAGCCAACAAGAUUCAUCCAAUGUGGCAUUCAAGGAGCAUUUUUCAUCCUCUCAUGCCCAACACGUUUGACCUUUAAUGAAGCCGUCAACGCCUGUACUUUUUAGAAAUGCAGUCAAAAGUAUGAAUACAUCUUGCAGUGUAUUUACAAUGAUUUUCUUCUAAUUCAAGGUGUAUCUAAAUCAGCCUGGUGUGAAUUUUGUUUUUCCACUGCCACAAUUUCUUAUUCAAACAGAUAUAAGAUAUAUACACGCAUGUGGUUGUUGCAGAAUUACUUUAUUAUAUGCGAAUCAAACUAUAUUGUAUGGGUUUUUUCUUAAUUUAUAUUUUCAUGUAAUAAUUUAGGAUAUUGAAAGAUUAGUCCUCCAUGAUAAAACGGAUUUUGCACAUGUUACGAAAUGUAAAAGCAAAUAAAAUGUUGAAAGUAUCAUACAAUAAGUUUCAUAGAGGAUUUUUAGUACUAAUCUGUCAAUAACUUUGUGUUGAAUUCUUCCUUCAGCAGGGUGUCUGAUUGGGUUUGAGAGGUUGAGAAUUCGAUCAACAGUACAAAAGGAGCACUUUCUCAUCGUUAAUAUUAAAUUUAAUGAUUUUAGAGAA